GACUUCGGGGACACUGGGGCCGUUCUGGACCCCGGCGCGGAGGCUUCUCCGGGCCAUGGGUAGUCACCUGUUGCCGAGGCUGUCCCCUCCAACCCAGGGCGCCUGCCGCCUCGGGAGAACCCUCUGGCCAGAGGGACUGGCUCCAGUACUCACGCUGUCUGUGGGGUCGGCUCGAAAGACCAACACUGUUCCAAGACCUGAGCCAGCAGAAAGAGGGGCCACCCUGUGGAACCUCCUGGUGAAGCUGCCCUGUGAGGCGGAGCUUUGGCAGUACACCAGAAACCUCUGGCACAGGAGCUAAACCCUAGAGUUCUCGAGUGCAUUGGGACUUAGUCUUCAGGAAGCCAACUCCUCCUCUUUGCAAGACUCCUGAUGCCCCUUCGAUCCAGGAAGGAUAGUUUGUUCCUUUCUGUGUCCUCACUGACCUUACCCACUUCCUUUGUGCCCAGGUGCAAGAUCUCAAGGUGCCACCAUGAAGUCUGACCACUGCUGACUGGCAGCCACACAGCACUGAGGUGAUAGUCUGUCUUGGACCUACACAUCCCAGAAAGGGGGACACCAUGGCUUCUAACAGCGCUGAGACCCAGCUCCAGAGGAUCAUCCGUGAUCUACAAGAUGCAGUAACAGAACUAAGCAAUGAAUUUAAGGAAGGAGGAGAACCAAUCACCGAUGACAGCACCAGCUUGCACAAGUUUUCUUAUAAGCUUGAGUAUCUUCUGCAAUUUGAUCAGAAGGAGAAGGCUAGCCUCCUGGGUAGCAAGAAGGACUAUUGGGAUUACUUCUGUGCGUGCCUAGCCAAGGUGAAGGGAGCAAAUGAUGGGAUCCGAUUUGUCAGGUCCAUCUCUGAGCUCCGAACAUCUCUGGGAAAAGGCAGAGCUUUCAUUCGCUACUCUUUGGUGCACCAGAGGUUGGCAGACACUUUGCAGCAGUGCUUCAUGAACACUAAAGUGACCAGUGACUGGUAUUAUGUAAGAAGCCCCUUUCUGAAGCCAAAGCUGAGCUCUGACAUCGUGGGACAACUAUAUGAGCUGACUGAGGUUCAGUUUGAUCUAGCAUCAAGGGGCUAUGACCUGGAUGCCGCCUGGCCGACAUUUGCCAGGAGGACACUGGCCACCAGCUCUUCUGCUUACAUGUGGAAACCCCCCAGCCGAAGCUCCAGCAUGAGCAGUUUAGUGAGCAACUACUUGCAGACUCAAGAGAUGGCCUCCAGUUUUGACCUAAACAGUUCUCUAAACAAUGAAGCACUAGAAGGUUUUGAUGAGAUGCGACUGGAGCUGGACCAGUUGGAGGUUCGGGAGAAACAGCUACAAGACCAUGUACAGCAGCUAGACAGGGAGAACCAAGCACUUCGAGUGAUGAUCAGCAGGCAAGGGGAACAGCUUCAGGUAGAAAAGGAGAAGGGGUACCCUACAGUGGAGGAUAGCAUUGGCCUCCUGGGCCUGGUGGUAGAGCUCCGGAAGCAGGGGGAGGUCACCAUGGCUACAGUGAAGAAGCUACAGAAAUGUCUGCAGGCCUCGGAGCUGAAUGUAGACAAGAAAGAGAACAGCCACUUAGCCCUGCAGCUUGAGACCAUGGCACAGGAACUUGAGGCUAUGAGAAACUCUCUGGGUAGGAAUAACCAGCUUCUAGCCAGCCUUUCAGAUUGCCUAGCCAGGACUGAGAAAGCAGCAAAUCCAGCUCUGGACACAAAGUUUCUUCAAGAGCCAGUUCCUGCCGACAUGGCCCUGAAGUUCCAGGAACUGAAGGGAAAACUUGAAGCCCUAGAAGGAGAAAACACCAAGGCCCAGGAACUAAAUAGGCAGCAGAAUAUCAAGCUAGAGCAGCUGGCCAAGGAACUACAGCUGAAGGAGGAGGCCCGGGCUGGCCUAGAGCACUUAGUGAAGGAUGUGGCCCCACUUCAGGAAGAGCUAGCUGGGAAGAAGCAAGAGUCAGCUCAGCUCCGACGACAGCUACAGGAAUCCCUGGGCCACUUGAGCUCUGUGGAGGAGGAGCUGGCAGAAGCCAGGCAGCAAGAAAAGCAGCAUCGAGAAGAAAAGCAGCUGCUGGAACAGGAGGCCAAGUCUCUGACAUGGCACCUGCAACUUCUAGAGACCCAAUUAGCACAGGUGAGUCAGCUUGUGAGCGACCUGGAGGAGCAGAAGAAGCACCUUAUGCAGGACAGAGACCAUCUCAGCCAGAAAGUGGGCACACUGGAGCAGCUAGCUGAGGUGCAUGGGGCCAACAAGAAUAGGGAGGCUCUGGUCUCCCUAAGCUCUGUCCCACCACAGACUGGGGAGAUGCCAGAAGAGGGGCAGCAAUACCUCCAGGAAGAACAGCUAAAAACUUGCACAGUGCCAGGGGGAGAUCAGGAGGAAUUGCAAAAGGUCAACCAGGAGCUACAGAAGGAGCUGCAGAACAUGGCUGUGCGCAACCAGCUCCUAGAAGGAAAACUUCAAGCCUUGCAAACAGAUUACAAGGCACUGCAGCAGCGAGAGACAGCCAUCCAGGGCUCCUUAGCCUCCCUGGAAGCUGAGCAAGCCAGCAUCCGGCACCUGGGAGACCAAAUGGAAGCAAGCCUCUUGGCUGUGAGGAAAGCCAAAGAGACUAUGAAGGCCCAGGUGGCAGAGAAGGAGGCUGCCCUGCAGAGUAAGGAGGGUGAGUGCCGGCGGCUGCAGGAAGAGGCAGAUCAGUGCCGGCUUCGAACAGAGGCCCAGGACCAGGAGCUCAGGGCUCUUGAGAACCAGUGCCAGCAGCAGAUUCAACUGAUUGAGGCCCUCUCUGCAGAAAAAGGCCACCAGGGACUCAGCCUACCACAACUCAACACAGCCCAACUGGCCCUGUCUCAAGCACAGCUAGAAGUUCACCAGGGGGAGGCCCAGCGGUUACAGAAUGAGGUGGUGGACCUCCAGGCCAAGCUCCAAGUGGCCUUAGGUGACCGAGACAAGUUACAGAGCCAGCUGGGUGUGGCUGAGGCAGUCCUGAUGGAGCACAAGACCCUGGUGCAACAACUGAAAGAGCAGAAUGAAGCCCUCAACAGGGCCCAUGUUCAGGAACUGCUACAGUGCUCAGAGCGAGAAGGGAUACUGCAGGAGGAGCGCAUCUACAAGGCCCAGAAGCAGGAGCAAGAGCUACGAGCCCUGCAGGCAGAGCUGUCACGGGUGAGGUGCAGCUCUGAGGGAGCCCACCUGGAGCAUGCAGAGCUACAGGACCAGCUGCACCGAGCCAACACAGACACAGCUGAGCUUGGCAUACAGGUCUGUGCCCUGACAGCCGAAAAGGAUCGGAUGGAGGGGGCCCUGGCCAGCUUGACCCAGGAGCUCCAGGACUCCAAAGAGGCAGCACUACGGGAACAAAAGGGCUUGGAGCUUCAAGUGAUGGGACUACAGCAAGAGAAGGAGAGCUUGCAGGAAAAGCUAAAGGCAGCUGAGGAGGCAGCUAGUUCAUUCUCUGGUCUACAGGCACAGCUGGCUCAGGCUGAGCAGCUGACUCAGAGCCUCCAAGAAGCUGCACACCAGGAGCGAGAUGCCCUCAAGUUCCAGUUAAGUGCUGAGAUCAUGGACCACCAGAACAGAUUGAAGACAGCCAAUGAAGAGUGUGGGCGCCUCAGGGCCCAACUAGAAGAGCAAAGCCAGCAGUUGCAAAUGACUCAGGAGGCUUUGCAGGAGCUGAAGGUCACCAAGGCAGCCAUGGAGGAGAAACUGAACUGUACCAGCAGCCACCUUGCAAAGUGCCAGGCCACUUUGCAGCACAAAGACGAAGAAAGCACUACUCUUCAAAUAAACCUAGAAAGAACUCAGAAAGAACUUGAAAAAGCCACAUCAAAAAUCCAAGAAUAUUACAACAAACUCUGCCAGGAGGUAACAAACAGGGAAAGGAAUGACCAGAAGUUGCUUGCAGACCUAGACGACCUGAACAGAACCAAGAAAUACCUUGAGGAACGGCUGAUAGAGCUGCUCAGGGACAAAGAUGCACUCUGGCAAAAGUCUGAUGCACUGGAAUUCCAGCAAAAGCUUAGUGCUGAAGAGAAAUGUCUUGGGGACAUGGAGGCCAACCACUGCCAUGACUGCAAGCGGGAGUUCAGCUGGAUAGUGCGGCGGCACCACUGCAGGAUAUGUGGCCGAAUCUUCUGUUACUACUGCUGUAACAAUUAUGCUGUGACUAAGCCCAGUGGCAAGAAGGAACGCUGCUGCCGAGCCUGCUUCCAGAAGUUUGGCGAAGGCCCUGGAUCCCCUGAUAGCAGUGGUUCUGGCACAAGCCAGGAAGAGCCUAGCCCCAUGGUUUCACCAGCUGAAGCAGGCCCCCAGGCCAUAGGAAACCCAGGAGCAAAUUCAUUCUGCAGACCACCAGAUGAUGCUGUGUUUGACAUCAUCACUGAUGAGGAAUUGUGCCAGAUCCAAGAAUCUGGCUCCUCCUUGCCUGAAACACCCACUGAAACUGAUUCAAUGGACCCAAAUAUGGCUGAACAAGACACCACAUCAAACUCACUAACCCCUGAAGACACUGAAGACAUGCCAAUGGGGCGGGAUGCUGAAAUCUGCUUGCUGAAGUCAGGAGAGCUGAUGAUCAAAUUACCCCUCACAGUGGAUGAGAUCACCAGCUUUGGAGAGGGUAACAGGGAGCUGUUUGUGAGAUCCAGUACCUACAGCCUGAUCCCCAUCACUGUAGCAGAGCCUGGCCUCACUAUCAGCUGGGUAUUCUCUUCUGACCCCAAGAGCAUCUCCUUCAGUGUGGUCUUCCAAGAGACAGAAGACACACCGCUUGACCAGUGCAAGGUCCUCAUUCCCACCACUCGGUGCAAUUCCCACAAGGAGAGUAUCCGGGGCCAGCUAAAGGUCCGAACCCCUGGCAUCUACUUGCUUAUCUUUGACAAUACCUUUUCCAGAUUUAUCUCCAAAAAGGUGUUUUACCACCUGACUGUUGACCGGCCUGUGAUCUACGAUGGAAGCGAUUUCCCAUAACAUCAGUACCUGAACUUUGAUAGCUCUUCAACAUCCACAGGAAACACUACUACUCCUCACCCAUCUCAUUAAACAUAUAUACUCAUACACACACAAAAUUUUAAAAAUUAAAAAAUUAGAAACAAAGGAAAGAAAAUCAGCUGUACCCCAGCUCACCAGCUCUGACAGAGGCCUUGGGCUGCAUCAGAAACCACUCUGCCAAGUCUCACAGGGUACUUGGUUCCAUGCAGCCAUCACUCUCUGUUCCCAGGGCUCCUGAGGACCAGAUAUGAGACUCAGCUAUCUUCUCACUCAAAGGGACACCUUGCCAAAUGUUUAUACUCUAAGGAUACCAUUGGCCUCACUUGGGAUCACAGUUGGUAACAAUCUGCUGUGGUAUUUUUCAGGCCAAGAUUCACUUUGUGAAUCCUUUGGUAGUCCCAGGAGAGAAGGAGGCCAUAGGGUCAUCAUGUGAGAGAUGCCCCUUUCCCUUAAUUUAUCCAUAAGUAGAGGCUGCUUCUCCCACUCAGCAAUUUUGGGGAGGCCUGACCUGUGCUGUCUUCCUGAGCCUUUGUCUGUUCUGGGCCUUUGCUCAGCCUGACCGCUCAGCAGCUCUAAAUUCUCUCUCUCUCUCUCUCUCUCUCUCUCUCUCUCUCUCUCUCUCUCUCUCACACACACACACACACACACACACACACACACACACACACAGGAACCAACUAGAGGUCUAGGAAAGAGCAGCCACUACCUGAAGGCUUCAGCUCUGCAUAUGGAUGGCAGGAGUAGAAAAAUGGGCCAAGUUCCCUAUAGUGAACUCAGGUUGGCCUCAGAGCUCAUGUGUCAGCCCAUAGCCCAUCUUUGUAUAUAAACACCAGAGUCUCUGCCCCACCUGAAGACAGCUGUUUACUAGUGAGUAGAGCCAGUUAAGAACCACUUUCAAUACCUGGAACCUUUCUAAAAAAGUCUUUGGUAACUUAAGAAGCAACAUAGCAGAAGAACAAGGUAUAACUUCCUUUUGGCCUCCAUCUGCUAGUCACUCCCUCCCCAUUUGCCUACAUCCUGCUCAUGACCUCAUAUCUGAUACUGCAGACAGCUUACUCUUUCCUUUUCUAGGACAGAUAGCUUAGAUAGCUUUCUGUUCUCUGUGGCCCUUUUUUACUCCCACUACCAAUUUACCUUUGUUGGCGACUUUUUUUGAUGUGAGGCCAGCAUAUGCCCCUGAGUCUUUGAAGAUUGACAUGGGUCCUUGUAGGUCUGUAUGUGGCCUGAGAUUGCUGAAGACCAAAUCUUCUUGCCUUUGAACCUUCUACCCUCUUGCAAAUGGAAUACUGAAGCCAGCUUGUUCACUAGGCCAAUAGCAUCCAACCACCAACUAGGAUCUCAUUUUUAUUACUUGGCUUUUCCAGGGUAUGUUAGAGACACUGGCCAAGCUCAUGGCCUUAUGCUGGUGUCACUGCCACCAUCUGCAUCAAGAGCCACCCUUCACUGAGUUGCUGUUGUAUUGGUGGCCUGGAAGGGGCCUGAGGCCUUCCAUCUGAGUUUAUCCUGAACCUCUGUCACUUACCAGGAGACCCACGUGGCUCUUAUGAAGCCAACUCAGAACUGAGGUGAGAGGCUUCAGUGCCGACUGCCUAGUGCUCCAGUAGGCGCUUACCAACUCUUUAUCUUUGAUAGUAUAUUUAUUUUUGUGCUGAAUGGACUUUGUACUGUAUUCUCUAUUAGUUCACUGUUAAUGCUCCUGAGCACUAGGUCACCAGAGAACAUUUGGCCCUGUGUAAGUGUGCCUUUCACACAUAGCUUUAUUAUUUUAAGUAGUUCCCAAUUUUAAUGAGGUUUAGUUAUUAGAGUAACUUUUUAAAAAUGCAAGUGACAAUUAAAGGAUCACUGAGGAAGAUGGUGGCCCAGCUGGACUUAGUUACACUAAAAAUCAUAAGGAAACACCCUUGAGAUCCUGGGUCAUCCUUUUUCUAAUAACUCAGCUCCCUCAUAACAGUCAUGUUAGUAGUGUUACCAGCUGCCUGUUUACCAGUGCCACUGAAGCCACUACUAGACUUCACUCAAAAAAUAAACUAGCCACCCAGACACAGGGAAGCAUGUCUGAGACAGAGUGGCCUUCCAUGUCUGAGUGGACUUGGAGAGCAUUGCUGACAUAAGCACCCUGGAUUCCAGCUAGCCCUGGACCGAGAAGGCAAAGGGAUUCUCAAGCAGAAAUCUAGAACUGAAAAUCUCCAUAUGGUUUGGGAAGUAGAAGUGAAGAGCCAUAUAUAAAUAAAGGUGUUAUUUCUGAAUAACAGUUUCAGUUGUUCCCCAGGUCUCAAGCCACUCCUGGCCCAAAAAGAAAUCUUGCAGAUAUGGUUUGCUGUUCAUGGGGUUUUGUUUAUCAACUCAGACUCAGUGGUUCUAUCUGUGAGAAUUCUUUAUACUGAGAAAACAUUCUUAGCUCAGAGAUUUUGGAAAAGGAGGCAGAGAGGAGCCAUCUUUGGUGCUCAGAACCAGGGAAUGCAAUGCAAAGACCAUUGAAUGCUGUUCACAUUUACAAAAACAAACACUACUUGGUAGAAUCUUAGCACAAUUUUCUCAUCUCACCUAAAUCUUCUAACAAAACAGGAAAGUUAAUUCAAAGUUUCCUUUUCAUUCUCAAGCACUUUUUAAAUUUCAGGAGACCUCUCUGGUCAAGGGGCAUUUUUAGAGCUUUUUGAUGUGUGUUUAAUCUAGGUGUUCUGCUUUUGGUGACUGCAGUGACACUGAGCCUCUCUGGGAAGGCUUAACAAUUGGAGUGCACUUUAAUUCAUUAAUCCUCACUUUGUGUGGCCUUAUGAGAUAAUGGGUCAGGGAACCCAUUUUAUUCUUAUCUGCCAAAGAGUUACUCAGAAGCACAUCAAACACCAUCACUUCAUCUGCACAAAGGGAUGAGACUUUGGUAUCAUUGAAUAUACUCCUUUAAUAAUAUCUGCUAUGCCAUUUGGAAAUGUUUUUUAACCUCAGGUUUUAAAUAAAGCAAACACUAUGGCAUUUGGA